GUGCAGGUGAUGAAUCCACGUCUGCGAUAUGAGAAGAGACCCUGCAUCACUCCAUACCCCACGCGUCUCUCUCCGUUUCACCACGCGCCUCUCCUCCUCCACGGCCUUUGCCCUCUCUCCCUCUUUCUCCCCCAUCGCCGUCCCAAGAUCUCUUCUCUCUGUGUCUGCUCCAAUCUCUCGCUCCGAUUGGAUAGAACGGAUUCUUCAGCUACGAGGCGAGUUCGACGUCGCACUAUGGCACGGAAUCUGCGUUCGAUUCUGCUUGUUCUUGUGGCUUUGUGCGUUGUUUCGGCUGUAGAAGCGAGUGAGGGCGAUGCUGAUCCACUUUACAAGGACUGUGUUGAGCAUUGUCAGAAAACUGGGUGUGUAGGUGACAAAUGCUUCCUGCACUGUAAAUUUUCGGCUGACGGGAAACCCAUUGACGGACCAUGGUACAUGCAAGAACCACUUUAUCUGCAAUGGAAACAAUGGGAUUGCCAAAGUGAUUGCCAGUAUGAAUGCAUGAUGUCUAGAGAGGAAGAGAGAAAGAAACAUGGAGAGAAGCCUGUCAAGUACCAUAAUAGAUGGCCACUCAAACGUGUUUAUGGAAUCCAGGAGCCUGUUUCUGUUGCUCUGUGCGCUCUUGCACUAGCAAUACAGUUUCAUGGCUGGGUAUCAUAUUGCAUCCUCGUCUACUACAAGUUGCCCCUCCGACCUGAUAGGAAGACUUACUACGAAUACAAUGGAUUACUUCACAUCUAUUCCCUCAUUGUAAUGAACGCUUUUUUCUGGAGUGCUGUCUGCCACAGCAGAGAUGUUGAGUUGACGGAGAGGCUAGAUUACUCCUCAGCUGCCGCCCUACUCGGGGUUUCGCUUAUUUUUGCAAUCAUCCGAGUCUUCAAUAUACGCGAUGAGUCAGCAAAAGUCAUGGUAGCUGCCCCUAUCAUCGCGCUUAUGGCAACCCACGUUUUGUACCUCAGCUUCUACAACCUUGAUAGUGGGCUACAAAUGAAAGCAGUAUUGACGGUGGGAGCUGUAGAAUUCACAGUGUGGGGAGGAUGGGCCGCCAUGACGGCUCACCCUUCAAGGUGGAAGCUAUGGAUAUUCCUCGUCUUGAGCAUCGUCUCUAUGUUCUUCAAGAUGUGUGAUUUCCCGCCACUCUACGGCUACGUCGACGCUCAAUUCCUCUGGAGAAUCGCAGCGAUCCCUCUGGCUUACCUCUGGUGGAGCUUCAUCCGAGAUGACGCAGUUUUCUGUACUGCCGUCCUCCUCAAGAAAUCCAAGUGAAUCUCUGUCCCUCUGUCUCAGGGUUGGAGUUUUUCCGGCGACUUUUCUCCGGUGUCGGGCUCUGUCUCUUGUUUGUCUCAGGUUUGAAGUUUUUCCGGUGACUUUAUCCGGUGUUUUCACAGAAGAAGAUACACAUGGUGUGUCAUCUUCCGUGGGGGGUAAUUUCGGGUUUUUCGGGUCUUCCUCUUUAUGCUUCUUUUUUUCUCUCGCCGGCGUUUGGCCGGAGAGUUGCCGUCGGAGGAAACGACCGUUCGUGCCAAGUGGUCUGUUGUUUUGUUCAUUCGAAUAACCCUUUUUUUCUAUUUAUGUCAAAAUCUGUCUUUCUUUCUCUAGUGGUACCACAUUAGACAAUAAUGUAUGUAAUGUACCCAUGAAAUAUAAGGCAUCAUAAAUAUGAUUAUCGCUCUCACUUCA